GCAGACCCUAACCAGCUUGCCAUGCUUGUUAAACUUGUUAAGAUGGCAGCAGAAGGAAAAGUGUUUCCUGAGAAGACAUUAAGUGUCCUUGCACCAGCGUCAGCAAAACAGAUUGAGAGACCAGCUACAAAACUCUGUGUGGAGUGUCCGUCUCAGUAUCCCAUGCAGUUUCCCAAGUCACUGCAGGAGCUUAAGGUAAUGAACUUAUCACAUUAUUAGAACAAUCUAAAUAAUUAUGCAGUUUUCAGUAUAAUUGUUUAUGCUUUUUAUUUGUGUUUUCUAAAAUAGUCAUAAAAUGUCAAGAUUUAAAAAGCCACUACGUCAACUCCAUGUUAAGUGUAAUUGUUUAAAUUAUUUUAUUUUUAUUUUAAAUUUUUCCCAUUAUUUUCGGAUCCAUUCUUUCUUUUCUAGUAAAAGUGAUUGAAAUUCUCAAACCAAGUAAAGAGGUCGAGAUAUAGUUUAAGGCAGUGGUAGCCUGAUCACCAUGGUUCUUUACAUAUUUUUAUUUAUUGGAUGUCUGAAUUUUUAAAUUUUACCACGAGCUAAGGGGACUGGAUACUGAGUCAUUUUAGUUUUAUCUUAGACUUGAGGAUUGCAAGAACUUCUUUAAAUGUAAAAUCCAAGCAGAGAGUCAGACUCCAUUGCUUUACAUGACAGAUCUGCAUUAAUCUUAUUGUACGGGUAACAUCUAACUCUAAACCAUGAACAGCCAAUACACAUGGUCUUCAGUGAUGUUUACUGAGGUGUUUUUUAAUGGUGCACCAGUCUAAAAGAUUUAAACAUGUAUGUCAUAUGUCUACAUUUUAUGACAUAUAAUAGACCUAGAGAACGUUAUGAACCUAGUAAUCCGUUUAAUGCUCCAUGGCAGGUCAACAAUUGCUCUCUGAGACGGGUCAGUCCUCAGAUCAUAGCACUGCCAAACCUGUGUGUACUGGACCUUAGCUGUAACAGCAUACCUGAUGUACCCAAUGCCUUUGGUCAGUUGGUCAACCUCCACACCAUUGAUUUAUCGAAUAACAAGCUGACCUGCUUUCCCAUUGUUCUGCUGAAAAGUGAACUGAGAAACUCCCUGGUUUCUAUAAAUCUUAAACACAAUGAAAUCAAGGCACUGCCCCAUGACAUGUCUAAGGUAAGACUUUAUGAAAUCAAGGCACUGCCCCAUGACAUGUCUGAGGUAAGACUUUAUGAAAUCAAGGCACUGCCCCAUGACAUGUCUAAGGUAAGACUUUUUAAAAUCGUGACACUGCCCCCAAAACAUGUCUGAGGUAAGACUUUAUGAAAUCGAGGCACUGCCCCAUGACAUGUCUGAGGUAAGACUUUACAAGUGUUUCAACUACCUACCACAACAAAUUCAGUUGUAGCUGUAACAUAUCUAUAUUACUUGUUAAAAAGAUAAUAAGUUUUUUUACUGUGCUCUGUUACUUGUCUUAGUUCCUUUUGUCUUGUUUGCUGAAGAAGGCUCUUAGCCGAAAUGUCCAAAUCUUAAUUGUCCUGUCUGCUAAUUAAAGUUUAGCAUGCCUUGUUUGUAUAUUUUAUUCACUUGUUACAUGUGUAUAUUACUUGUUACAUAUAUAAACUCUUAAAUGUGGCAGCCAUUGGUAAGAGCAUUAAUGCUGCAUGUUAACUUAUAUUACUGCGGAGACUUUUAUUUCUACCCAUUUGUAUUUUAAAUAAGUAGCCAAAAAAUUUUUUAUUGUACAGACCUAAGUUGAGUCUCCUUCUGAUGGCACAGGUUUACCAGCUGUUGUAUUGCUUACCAUGAAUUUUUUUUAUAGAAAUGAUUUUGUGUCUAGCCAAGUAGUGUAGGAAAUACAUGCAUUUUCACCUAGUUCAAGAUUAUGAAAAACUAAUAGUAAAUGUAUACCUCUGUGAUAAGUAAAUGAAACAUCUGAAGUAACAGUUUUUAACAUCAAAUUUGAAAUACUUUUCCUAAUCAUAAAUUGGAUUGCUUUAAAAGGUAUAAAGAAAUUAUUACAUGUUAAUUGACAGGGUAUGGGAUUUAUUUAUUUUUUUUGUAUCGCCAACUUAUUAGCUAUGUUCCUUGUGCACGAAAAUGAUAUUUUUCAAUGAGUUAUAUGAAAAACACAGUAGUAAAGUGGCACAAAACAAAUUUUAAAAAAAUUGUCUGUAUCCCCAGUUGCAAAAUGUCCAUUCCUUGAAUCUCAACAACAACCUGAUCCAGUGUUUACCAGAGUCAAUAGCUUUCAUUCGAUCACUACAGAACAUUUUCAUGUCUGACAACAAACUGGGAUAUCUUCCUGGGAUAUUGCUCAGCAGGACAUUGGGAACAGCUGAUUUUAGUCAUAACCUUUUUGUAGACCGUCUACGGGACCGAGGGUCAGGACUGUUUUCUGUUCCUACUUUGAUGGAGUGGGCGGCUAGGGUUGUUGUCAAUCAAAGGUUGGUGGUUCCAGUCUUUUUUUUUUUUUUUUUACAUAUCUGCAGUUAGAGAUAUGAAUUGUAAGACAUGUUUCGUUUUACAAUGGAGUGAAUGUUUCUUUUAAAAUCUGAGAUUUAAUAAAUGGACCUCAGUGAAAAAAAAAGUGCAAUUGAAAAAAUGUGUAAAUCAGUAAAUGGCUAAGAAUGUCUGUACUAACACAGUUAAUUUUAUCAAAUGGUGCAAGGAUCAGGAAUUCUACACCUUCACUAAAGUACUUGAAGAGUUUUGUUUUUAUCACCUUCAUUCAAUUUCUUAAUGAGCUGGCAUGAAGGUACUCACUUCAUUUGAACUAUCGUCUUCAUCACACCAGAGAUGUAAAUUCCAUUAAAAAAUCAAUCCUGUAGAGUAUUAUUAUUAUUUUUGCUUGACCCAAAUCCCUUACUCUUCAUUCCUUACAGAAUCCAUUACACGAAUGAAGACCUGGAUGUUCACUCUAUCAGUUAUCUCAAACAAGUUCACUACUGUCUAUGUGGUAAGCCAUGUUUCGAGUCGAGUAUCUCACAACUUCACAGAAGCAAACUGCCAUCAACCAUAAAUUAUAGCAGUGAAGAGUACCCAUUCCUUGUUUACAUAUGCUCUAAGAAAUGUCAGCAAAGGUUUGAUAAAUUGUAG